ACGUCCAAGAUUCAUCUAAAUCUCAACUUUAUAUCUAUUUCAGUUCCUUACUCUUUAUUUUAUACGCAAAUUAUAUUAAAUAAAUAUUUGCGUGUGUAGCUAGUAUAAUAACAGAGACAGACAUUAUAGCACAGAAGUAGAGAAAGGAAGAAGAUGGAGAUAUUUGUGAAGAAGGAGUACUUAGAUUUGGUUCUUGUCCCAUUUGGAUUAAUCAUAGUUUUAUCUUACCAUCUAUUUCUUCUCUACAGAAUUCUUUAUUUUCCUUAUCACACCAUUAUCGGUUUCAUGAACAUCGAUAAAUCCAUUUGGGUCGACCGUAUCAUGCAGGCAAGUAUUACUUUACUACAAUCUUUUCUUAUUGUUACUAUUGUGCUAUAUGGUUAAUUUAGAUAUAACUAACGGUUAGCUCAACUGAUUACAGGCAAGAAAAGACGAAUUGGGUUGUGCUUUAACGGUUCUUUCGAGCAGCAUAUCAGCUUCAACAUUCAUGGCAUCCACUACUUUAACGUUGAGUUCACUUAUCGGCACGUGGAUAGGGAGCUCACCGGUUAAUAUGACGGUUUUUACGGGACAUUUUGUGUAUGGAGACACAAGUUCAAUCACAAUGGUCAUCAAAUACACCUCUCUUCUCAUAUGUUUUCUAGUUGCAUUCUGCUGUUUUGUUCAAUCCACGAGAUGUUUUCUACAUGCGAACUAUCUUAUUACCACACCGGGAGCAGAUAUACCGCCGGAUAUGGUGAAGAGAUUUGUCUUGAGAGGCGGUAACUUUUGGUCGUUGGGUCUUAGGGCUCUUUACUUGGCUCUUAAUCUAUUGUUGUGGCUUUUCGGACCGAUCCCGAUGUUUAUCAACUCGGUUUUGAUGGUAAUGUGUUUAUAUUAUCUCGACUCGAACUCGGUGGCGCAGCCUCUUUAUCACCGGACUUUCGAGGCGGAGCAAAUUGUCAAGAAGAUGAGAGGAGUUUUGCCUGAACAGUUGACUUUUAGAUGUGACUGAAAAGAAAAAAUUAUUUGAUUAUUAAUCAAUUUGCCAACUUGGGAUUUUCCUACGAAUUAUAUAAUCAAGUUAUUCGUAUACAAAUAUACA